AUAUUUUUUUUUAUUUUUAGGAUAUAGUAAAUCAAAUUUCAAUUAUGGACAAUAUUUGUAAAAUAAUUCGUUAAAUUCUACAGAAACACAUUCUUACUGAUAUUAUUUGUGCAUUAGAAAUUAAUGAGAUGUCAUUGCUUUGUUUCAAGAGCAGGAAGUUUACGCCAAAAAGUGCGACUGCGCACUGGCCAAAUUAGUAGUGUGAAAGAAAAUGGCGAUCAGCGAAAGGCGUCCGGAGUUAACGUGAUGAAAAACAUUGUUCAAAGCUCAAUUACAUAGUGUUAUAGUUAUUAAUUGUGUCAGAUGUAGAUUAAUUAAGUGUUAAUGAAUAGUGAUUGUGUAUAAAAAUGGCUGCGAAUAUGUAUAGAGUCGGCGACUGCGUCUAUUUCGAGACGACGCCGAAGUCUCCUUACCAAAUCCGACGGAUAGAGGAACUAAACAAAACCGCGUCGGGUAACGUGGAGGCAAAAGUCAUGUGCUUCUACAGGCGGCGGGACCUACCCAACCCCCUCAUACAAUUAGCGGAUAAGCAUCAAAUGGCCCAGUCAGAAGACUCGCCAGUUGCAAUGAAACUCAAAAAAAUAUGCCUUAAGACGCCUGUAGGCGAAGAACAGGCGGCACAAGCAGUCCUAGACCCUGCGUUAGCGGCGAUGGAGGAGGAAUCUAGCGAGCUACCGGGCACGGACGGUCUCGCGCCGAAGCAGCGGCACCAGGCGAAGCACCGCGAGCUGUUCCUCUCGAGGCACGUGGAGACGCUGCCGGCGACACACAUCCGCGGCAAGUGCACCGUCACGCUGCUCAACGAGACAGAGUCGCUGCUCAGCUAUCUCAAUAAGGAUGACGCAUUUUUUUAUUGUUUAGUAUUUGAUCCUUCACAAAAGACUUUAUUAGCAGAUAAGGGAGAAAUCAGAGUUGGAAGUAGAUAUCAGACUGAAGUAACUAAUUUAUUAAAAGAAGGCGAAGAGGACACACGCAACAACGAGGAACUAGAAACACUGGUCUGGACACCAGAACACGGGCUAACGGACCGGCAAAUCGACCAGUUCCUGGUAGUGUCUCGCUCAGUGGGCACCUUCGCGCGUGCGCUCGACUGCUCCUCCAGCGUCAAGCAGCCCUCGCUGCACAUGUCUGCCGCCGCCGCCAGCCGAGACAUCACCCUCUUCCACGCGAUGGACACCCUCCACAAGUCGGGCUACAGCAUAGAGACGGCGCUUUCGUCACUGGUGCCCGCGUCGGGCCCCGUGCUGUGUCGCGACGAGAUGGAGGAGUGGUCCGCGUCCGAGGCCAACCUGUUCGAGGAGGCGCUCGACAAGUACGGCAAGGACUUCGCGGACAUUCGGCAGGACUUUCUCCCUUGGAAAACGCUAAAGAACCUCGUGGAAUACUACUACAUGUGGAAGACGACGGACCGGUACGUGCAGCAGAAGCGCGUCAAGGCCGUCGAGGCCGAGUCUAAGCUGAAGCAGGUGUACAUUCCCAACUACAACAAGCCUAACCAGGCGUUGAUCACGAGCGGCAGCGGCGGCAAGCCCGGCGCGGUCCUCAACGGCGGAACCAACGGCACGCCCGCCGUCAGUGCCGCACAGCUUUGCGCCUCUUGCCAGGUGACAAGUUCAACCCAGUGGUACGCGUGGGGACCAGAGCAUUUACAAUACAGAUUGUGCGGCUCGUGCUGGCAGUACUGGAAGAAAUAUGGAGGCCUCAAGGUAAAAAACACGGCCGGCGUUUUCGGCGAGAGCGAAGUUGAAGCCAGCAAGACAGGCCGCGGCGAGGGCGACGAGACAGCGCUCUCCGUGUCGCACCGUCCGCACCGCUGCACCGUGCUCAACUGCUCCAAGGAGUUCAAACUUCGUGCACACCUCGCACGACACGUGGCCACGGCGCACGGCAGCGGCGAGGGAGCGCGGCCCGUCAUGAAGACGCGCGCCGCCUUCUACCUGCGCGCCUCGCCCUUCACGCGCCUCGCGCGCCGCCUCGCGCGCGCCCUGCGCCGCCCGCGCCACCACGCGCGCGCGCCCUUCUCGCCCAUCAACCUGCAGCAGGUCAAGCACGAGUGUUCAAUAGCAAUGGCGGGAUUAGGCGGCGCGGAACUCCGCGCGGCGGGCGCGCCGGGCGGCACGGCGCGCGCGCGCGGGCCGGUGGGCGCGGUGGCCACGCGGCUGGCGGCGGCCCGCGGCGCGCCGGCGCACGCGCGCCACGACUGGCUGGCGCUCACGCCGCGCGACCGCAUGCCCGUGCCCGUGCACGUCGCCUUCCCCAAGCCGCCCAAGGCGCCCGCCUAUGCUCCGCGCGGCGGGCCGGUGGGCGCGGUGGCCACGCGGCUGGCGGCGGCCCGCGGCGCGCCGGCGCACGCGCGCCACGACUGGCUGGCGCUCACGCCGCGCGACCGCAUGCCCGUGCCAGUACACGUCGCCUUCCCCAAGCCGCCCAAGGCGCCCGCCUAUGCUCCGCGCGGCGGGCCGGUGGGCGCGGUGGCCACGCGGCUGGCGGCGGCCCGCGGCGCGCCGGCGCACGCGCGCCACGACUGGCUGGCGCUCACGCCGCGCGACCGCAUGCCCGUGCCAGUACACGUCGCCUUCCCCAAGCCGCCCAAGGCGCCCGCCUAUGCUCCGCGCGGCGGGCCGGUGGGCGCGGUGGCCACGCGGCUGGCGGCGGCCCGCGGCGCGCCGGCGCACGCGCGCCACGACUGGCUGGCGCUCACGCCGCGCGACCGCAUGCCCGUGCCAGUACACGUCGCCUUCCCCAAGCCGCCCAAGGCGCCCGCCUAUGCUCCGCGCGGCGGGCCGGUGGGCGCGGUGGCCACGCGGCUGGCGGCGGCCCGCGGCGCGCCGGCGCACGCGCGCCACGACUGGCUGGCGCUCACGCCGCGCGACCGCAUGCCCGUGCCCGUGCACGUCGCCUUCCCCAAGCCGCCCAAGGCGCCCGACGGCAGCCUGAUAUACGAGCGCGUGGCUUCGCGCGCCGAGCUGGACGCCCGCCGCGAGGCGGCCGCGGCGCCGCCGCCCGCGCUCAAGCGCCGCGCCUACGACGACAUCAACGGGCUCGACAGAGGCGCGGCUCCGCGCGAGGCGGGCGCGCCGCCGGCCAAGCGGCCCAACAAGCACCCGGCGCCCAUGCAGCGGCCCUCGCGCGAGCAGUACGCCGCCAUGUGUGCGCGCGCGCAGGCCACCGGACAGCCGCUGCCCGCGCAUGUGUUUGCGCACGUAAACGGCAAGCCGACCAACAUAACCGGGCGCGGGGGCCGGCGCCACGUCAUCUCGUGGAUGGACGCGCCCGACGACCUCGACCUCUACUUCCGGGCCACUGAGGCCGCCAAGGCCGCCCGGCGAACACUGAGUUGCGGCGAGCUGCGCCGCGGGGCCCGCGCGCCCUGGCGCCCGGUGCGCGGCGGCGCGGCGGCGGCGGCGGGAGCGGGAGCGGUAGCGGGCGCGGCGGCGGGCAAGGGCGCGGGCGCGGGCGCGCCGCCGCUGCAGCUGGUGAUCCUCGACUGA